UCUUUCCAACUAUUGAAGCACUUAUUAGGCGUUAUUUACGGCCAAAUAUUAUACAAUAUUUACUUAAUCAAAUGAAAGAAAGCGAUGAAGAUCUAAAGGAUGAAUUGGAUAGUGUAUCUAUAUGUGCAAAAUUUCUUUUACAACAAUUAGACUAUUCUAGCAUUGUUGAAAUUUGGAAUAUUUCACGGCCAUUUCAUGAUAUGAAUGAGCAAGAAAACAAUACAAAUGAAAGUUUUGUUGAUGAACUAUUAUUUUAUAGAAGAGUAUGGGGUUUGGCAUAUACUGCAACAAACAAGUGUUUAUUGCAUCGUGAUGAGGAAUUUAUUAAGAUUAUUGAAAACUAUUUGGCAAAUGAUAAUUCAAAUAAAGAAAAUGAGUUAAUAAAUGUUCAACUUAGAAAUCCACGAAAAGUAAUUACAAGAGGCAGACCAAAAUUCGUAAGUCAUCAUAACAAUGAGACAAAUAGAAAGAAUAAAAAUACAAUGCAAGAAUCGAUGACACAUAGAAAGAGAAAAAGGGGUCCGAAUCUUUGUAGUAACUGUAAAAAACCAGGUCAUAACACUGCUAGGUGUCCUAAAAAAGAUGUAGAGCAAACAAGUGAGGAAGAGACAGAAGAAGAGACGAAGUAA